AUGAACCAAGUGAAAUGCAUUAAAUCGGACGCGGUGUCGCGAUUACAGCUCUACAACUGCGCGCAGACAGACUGUGGGGCCACGUUUACACGACAAUGGCGUCUGAAAGAGCAUGAGACGAUUCACACCGGUGCGCGGCCACUAAAGUGUAAUGUGGCAGGUUGCGGUCGCCGUUUCACACGCAAGUCCCACCUGACCCGUCACGCUCUAGUACACGGUGGGGUGAAGAAAUUCGGGUGCACCGCUGCGGGCUGCGCUAAGACUUUCUUCAAUACCGGUAACCUGAAGAGGCAUGUUGGUUAUGCGCACGGAGAAAAGGACAAGUACUUCAAGUGCAAUUUUCAAAACUGUACUAUGACGUUUCGAAAACGACGUGCUCUAAAACUUCACCUGAAGACACAUGGCGCAACAUCCACUUUUAAGUGCUCUCAGGGAAAUUGCGGCAUGACGUUUGACACCCACGUUGCCCGCAAUGCACACGAGCGAACUCAUAAUGGGUAUCGUUGUUCUCAGAAGGACUGUAAGGUUGUAGAACACACUUGGGGUAAACUGCAGAAGCAUAUGGCUAAACAUCCAGCCUCGUUCCCCUGUGGGCUGUGCAAGAGGAUGUUUCUGAAGCGGGACGCGCUGCGGAGACACAAGCGCACUCACGCUCUACAGAAACCCGUGCUCCUGUGCCCCAACCAAGGCUGCCAGGCCUACUUCUCCACCACCUUCAACCUGCAGCACCACAUCCGCAAGGUGCACCUGCAGCUACUGCGACACGGCUGCUCCUUCCCAGGCUGCAACAAGGCCUUCGCCAUGCGGGAGAGCCUGACCAGACACCUGCUGCAUCAUGACCCCGACAUAGUGAAACUUAAGCAUAAGCAGAGGCGAAGCAGCAAGAGCUGGCAGAAGCGUUUGGAAGGACGCAACCGGCGCCCCCUGGUGGAAGAUGACCUGCGACGCCUCUUCGAACUGCGCAUGCGGGUUUCUCGCCGAACCAAGCUGGAGGCCGAUCUCUCGGGUUUGUUCAACGAGCGGAAGAUCCCACACCACGUUGACCCUGAGGUUAACCUGCGUGACCUCUUCAAUGUUAAAGCACCGCAGUCAAAGGUCAAGGUUUAA